CAGACAUCGAAAUUUGGGAGACGAAGGGAAACUCUAUAUAGCUAUCACAGAAAGCAACACCAUACAAGCUGAGAUCUAAUCAUCUGGCAAAAUAAACAGAAAUAAUGGAAAUGAGGUUUGUUUCAACCAAAAUGUUGUUUGCUUUAACGAUCUUGAUUUACUUUGGUGGAAAUCUGAUCAAUUGCGAUGAAGAUAUUCCCAUUUGUGACGAGCAAUUAAAACAACUGAAAGAAGACGUGAAUGACUGGGAAAAGAGAUGUGUGAAUGACAGUAUGGAAAACUUGGAUGAAAUGGAACGCUAUUUUACUGAGAGUCAACGAUCUGACAAUGAAACUCAACGAUAUUUAAAUGAACGUCGAGGAGAGAAUAAUUCCCCUGGGUGCACGGCAGAAAAAGAAUAUCUCCAGGAGAGAAUGCGUAUGCACUCAGACAUGUGCUUCUAUGACGGACCUUAUCCUGAGCAAUAUAUGUUCUUGGCGACCAAGACUGCAAUCUUGGCUGUCGAUUUAACCACCCUUGAUGCGACAGUCGUCGUAGAUGGAAAAGGAAAUAUAUCAACGCUGGACAUUGACAUGAAAAAUAAGAAAAUAUAUUUUGCGGAAGAAGAUAAAGAGAUUCGUAGGGCAAAUUAUGACGGAACUUAUGAAGAAGUCGUUGUGAAGGAUGCUGAGGCGUUAACAAUUGAUUGGAUAGGACGUCGUAUAUUCUGGAGUGAUUACUACAAGAAUACCAUUGACGUGGCGACUUUAGAUGGUAAAGACAGCAGAACGCUGAUUGAAACUCUCUUGCCUCAGGAUAUAGCAAUUGACCCCAUCGAAGGAUAUCUAUUUUGGACUGGGUAUGAUGGUAGAAAGGUAAUGCGAAGACACUUGACUGCCAACGAUGACAAACAAUUAUAUCACUUCCACAGAUUUGGUGAAUGCUAUCUGGCUCUGGAUUACAACAGGAAGCGAGUGUACGCGUACGAGGGAUUGGGAAAAGUUAACGUCAUAAUUGAAAUGGAUUACGAUGGCCUUAACAUCAAUCAGACAACUAAUUAUGGUUCAGCUGAUCGUUAUGGAUGGAUGUCAGUGGACGUUAUUGGAGAUUUUCUUUACUGGAAAGAAAGAAUUUCACCCAUUGUCAUAAAAAUGAAUGUCACCAGCAGAAAUAUAUCUCGUUAUAUUCCAUUACCAAAAGGCUUCGACGUGAGAAAGCUUCUCGUCGUAGACAAAGAUCGACAACCUGAAGGAAAAUGCAAAUGUCUUCACGGCCACUGUUCGAUCAUCAAUGGUUCACGAACUUGUCAUUGUGAAAAUGGUUACAACGUCAGUGGCCAGGCUUGCACAGACAUUGAUGAAUGCAUGUCAUCCCCAUGCAAUCUUACUGGUUAUGAACGCUGGUGUAACAACACUCCAGGUUCUUACAUUUGUUACUGCAAGAAUGAGUCAUUUUUUGACGAAGUGAAAUGCUCUGCCAACUCUGAACUGAAAAUCAGAUUGAAUGCUUCAAGUAACAACAUGAGUGGAAGAGUCGAAAUCUAUCAUCCAACAUUUGGCUGGGGUACAGUGUGUCAUUGGCGCGACAGCAGUGCAAAUUACUUUGGGAUUGUUGAAGGUAACGUCACCUGUCGUCAGUUGGGUUUCUCUGGAGCGACCAAGAUCAGACCCUGGGCUUACUAUGGGAAAGGAAGUGUUCCUGUAUUGCUUUCUUUUGUUCAAUGCUCUGGUGAUGAAUCAUUCAUCUGGGAUUGCAGUCAUAAUGGAUGGAAUAGUCCUCUCGUGUACUGCGACCAUCGUCAUGAUGUCGGUGUGGAUUGCUACUGAGAUCACAAUCAUUCAAGGACACUAGGUUAGAUAAUAGACUAGAUUUUCUUUUUCUUGCUGCUUACAUAGUUAAUAAUAUAUGGUCUGAAAUUUGACUGAACGGCCGAGCUUCAAUUGUUUUAAUAAGCUAAAAAGGAGUUGGGACGCGACUGCAGAAAACAACGGCAACGUCUAGGAUAAAA